GAGGCGAGUCACGCGAUUUCCGGGAACCCGUCAGGAAGAGACAUAAACAAAACAAACCCCAAAGCAGCAUGGAGGGUCCGGGCCCGAGCGGGAUGGGCGGCGCCCCCUACUGAGACAUCCCUUUCCCCCGCUGGGUCGGGGGGACGCCAGAAGUCUACAAAGAGAGAAGAGCUCCAUGUGUAUGAACUGAAGUUAUUUCAGGGAAAACCUCUAUCCCUUUCAUUGCAUGAGUUAUAUGCUACCCACUGACACUGAAGUAAAGCUGGAAAGGAAUCCAAAAGUGAAGAAAACAAGAAGUUUGGAAUUGGAUUUGGGGGAUCUGGGCUUGGAAAUGCCUCAGCCCAGUGUGAGCGGAAUGGACCCUCCUUUUGGGGAUGCCUUUCAAUGCCACACAUUUUCAGAACAGACGCUGACAAGCACAGAUCUCUUGGCAAAUAGUUCAGAUCCAGACUUCAUGUAUGAACUAGACAGAGAAAUGGACUAUCAGCAGACCUCCAGAGACAACUUCUUUUCUAUGGAGGACUGCAAAGAUAUUGAAAAUCUAGAGUCUUUUACAGACGUCCUGGAUAGUGAAGCUGCUUUCACCUCAAACUGGGAGCAGUGGGACACAAACUGUGAAGACUUAACUAAGUACACCAAACUAACCAGCUGUGACAUCUGGGGAACAAAGGAAGUGGAUUACCUGGGGCUUGAUGAUUUCUCAAGCCCAUACCAAGAUGAAGAGGUGAUAAGUAAAACUCCAACUCUGGCCCAGCUUAACAGUGAGGACUCUCAACCUGUGUCAGAUUCACUUUAUUACUCGGAUUCACUCUUCAGUGUAAAACAAAACCCUUUAACUUCUCUGUUACCUGGGAAAAAAAUCACAAGUAGAGCAGCAGCCCCUGUGUGUUCCUCAAAGAACAUUCAGGCUGAGGCACCUUUGUCAGACCAUGUUCAAAAGGCAAGCAAGCCCACUUCAAGCACACAAAUCAUGAAGACCAAUGUGUACAAUAAUGAGAAGGUGAACAGCCAUGUGGAAUGUAAAGACUAUGUUAAAAAGGCAAAAGUAAAGAUCAGUCCAUUACCGCAAAGCAGACCAGUGUUGAGCCAGGCACAUGCAGAUGCGGCAAAGGAGAACACCUGCUAUUGUGGAGCUGUAGCAAAGAGACAAGAGAGGAAAGGGAUAGAUUCCCUUCAGAGUCAUAAUACGCCUAUUUUGCCUUUUAAAGAGACUCAGGAGCUGCUCCUCAGCCCACCCCAGGAACCUCCAGGGCUAGCUGUAGGGGAGAGCAGCCUUUCUGCCAGCACAUCUGUCUCAGAUCCUUCACAGAAGAAAGAAGAGCACAAUUAUUCUCUCUUUGUCACAGACGGUUUGGGUGAGCAGCCAACCAAAGGAGACCCUGAGGAGGAGGAGGAGGAGGAGGAAGAUAUUGAAGAUGAGGACCAUGAUGAGGGGUUUGGCAGUGAGCAUGAACUGUCUGAAAAUGAUGAUGAGGAAGAAGAUUAUGAGGAAGACAAAGAUGAUGACAUCAGUGAUACUUUCUCUGAACCAGGUUUGUUGAAUUUUGUGCGACAAUGGGAAGGUGUUAUGAAACCUUGCUGUUUUGCCUCAUCCCUGACUUGUAGCAUCCACAGUUCAAAGAUUAUCCUGCAUCCCGCCCAUCACUGCUCUUGUAUCUCAGUCCUAACCAGCAGUGUUUUCUCUCCUGGUUCUGGAUGGAUUGUCGGUAGUGCCAAAUUGUGUGGUGGUCCUGUUUAUGUUGCAGAAGGUCACAGGGACCUGACAGGUUGCAUCCAGGUCUCCAGUGAUGAAAAGAUAACCUACUCCCCAGAUGCGCACAACCUACUCCCCAGAUACAGUUUAAGAAUGUUUUUCAGUUGUAUGUCUCUGUAUUCUAACACCCCUCAACCCUGUCGUCUGUGUAUUCAAAUAGGAAAAUAUGCAGUAAAGAAGUCACGGAGGACUGAUGUGGAAGACCUGACUCCUAACCCCAAAAAACUUCUCCAGAUUGGCAAUGAACUAAGGAAACUGAAUAAGGUGAUUAGUGACCUGACACCAGUCAGUGAACUUCCCUUAACUGCCAGACCGAGGUCAAGAAAAGAAAAGAACAAACUAGCUUCCAGGGCUUGCAGACUAAAGAAGAAAGCCCAGUAUGAAGCCAACAAAGUGAAGCUAUGGGGUCUCAACACAGAAUAUGAUAAUUUGUUGUUUGUGAUCAACUCUAUCAAACAAGAAAUUGUUAAUCGAGUGCAGAGUCCUAAAGAUGACAGAGGAACCAACAUGGAACAGAAGCUUGAUGUACUUAUUAAAGAUACUCUUGGACUACCUGUAGCUGGUCAAACAUCAGAAUUUGUGAACCAAGUUUUAGAGAAAACUGCGGAAGGAGACCCCACUGGUGGCCUUGUAGGGCUGCGAAUACCAACGUCAAAAGUUUAACAGACAUCAUUUCACCUAAUCUCAUUGGUCAGAGCUCUACCUGUGUUAAGUACUCCACUGUAGAUUUCAUUCUGGUCUGCAUGUCAGUUUAGCAUUAUGUAAACACUUAAAAUUAGGUUCCAUAGUUUUUUAAUAACAAUGUAACAGGAUAAGUAAACGCACGAUAUAAAAUGCUUAAUUAGCAUUUUUGGAGCAUAAACCAUAUAGUAUUAAAACUGCUUCAGGCACAAAUACAGAGAUUAGGUGUUUUUAAACCUAGAACCAGAUCAUAUAAUUUGCAUUAGAAGCAAAAACACAUUUUGUGCUAGUGAAAAUUUUAGCAAAAUGCUGAACAUUGUGGCAGGUUUAUGCUCUGAGUAAAAUUAAAAAUUAAGAGGAAGCAUUCUUUGUAAACUGUCAAAGUUUAGUGGGUUUUUUUAGAAUUACUGCUUUUUUUUCUUCUGAAAAAUAAAACCAAUAAGCUUUCUUUGCACCCAUUAACUUGUACAUAGUGCACACGGCAUUAGAGCUAGUGUGCCAUAUAAGACUUAAAUUUUCUGAGCUUAAUAUUGUAUUUAAAUGUCUGUGAAAGUAAGAGGAGAAAAAAAAGUAUAUUCUUUGUGCCUUGUAUUUUGGGGAAGAGCUAUAAAUAUAAGCUAGUAAAGUUUUUGUACGAUGAAAACCCUGAGGAAAAAACAAGAUGUAUAGAUGGUAAGAUUAUGGGGUUUCAUGUAUUUGUUCCAGCUCUUACAAAUUUUUGAAUGUAUAUAAGAAUAUGUUGAAAAUGUAGAUAUAUGCCACAGAGUCUAUGUAUUGUAUAAAAGAUGGCUCUAGAAAAUUCAAUUUCGGUACUUGGCCGGAAGAAAACAAAUACUUGCACAUUAAUGCGAUUGUUUAUUUUUGUACCAAAGACAAAUGCAACUGAUAUGGCAAACUGCCAGUCUAAGUAAAGUUUUGCACAGCUUACAUGAUACUGUACUGAAUGUAAAAAAACAAAAAAAAAGAAAAAAAAAUUAAAGGUCAGGGUUAGGGAUCUUACUGAACUGUGAAUUUUUUUUUGUUUGGGUCCAAUUAUCUACAGAAGGAGCAUUCAUACAUAAUAUUAUUUUGCUGUUCUUCUAGUUCGCUUCCAUAGUAGAUAAGUUGAUGACCAUCUCGAAGUCUUUCAAUCUUUUUUUUUUUCUCUGCAUUUGCUGUACGAAAUUUUUAAUAUAUGUGGAUUUUAGAAAGCUAUUGGAAAAAUAGUUUUCAACUUUGAGAAUUUAAAAAAAAUUAUUUAGCUUGUUGUAGGAUACUUUCACCAAACAACCAAAAUAAAAUUAUUUUUAUUGUAAUAUGUAUAUAUGUAAAGAAGAAAGAGCUACAAAUAAUCUAAUUCCUUAGUUGCCACUUUUCCAGUUGAUGUAUUAUUAUGCAUGUGAUGUUUCAAAGGAUCAGCACAAGCUUAAAACAAAAACAAAAUUUAUAGUUUUUCUUUUAUAUUUUUGUACAGAAAUUUCAAAACUAGCUUCUUCAAACUUAUAUGUGACUUAUUCUUAAUUCAGUAGUUUCUAUGAUUAGGAAAUACUAACACACGUUAGUUCUUAUUUGCUCUUCUACUCAUAAGAGUUUGCUUUGUUAGUGUUUAGAGUAUAAAUGAAAAGCUUUAUCUCUUGACGAGAAAGUCCUUUAUGUCAAGGCAAGAUCAUUCUCUGGUUUCAUGGACCCCUUUUUUUCUCCCCUUUCCUUUUUAUUUAAAGAUAAUGACAAAACACUGUCUACUGCGAAUAGAAAUACCAAAUACUUUAAAAUGUAGCUACUGAAAAAAUGAAAAGGAAAAAAAAAAGUCCAUGAAGGUUUUUUUCCACUCCCUUUGGGGAAAUCUCUCUCCUUCAUGUAGCUUAUCUAAGUUUGUACUGUGACUCCUUUUAUGUAUAGGUAGGAUUAUUUUUAUACCUAAACAUUUAGUGUAAGAAGGUCUGAAUCAAAAGUAGUAAACUAAAGAGAGGAAGAUGAAAAUGGAAAUCCUGCUACAUGCUUGUAGUGUGUCCACAACUUAUGCUACAGCUUGAUAUUUUGAAAAUUUUAAAAGGGUGGAGGAAGCCAAAAUACCACUACUGAGCUGUGUCACAAGUUUUUCUUUCAAGACUUGGAAAAAGUACCCAAUACUAUCUAGUCAAAACUUAGAAAAUUCUCUUAAAGGAUUAGCAAAACUGUCUUGUAUGUUUGGGGGAGGGGGAGUGGUGUGUGUGUGUGUGUGUGUGUGUGUGUGUGUGUGUUUUUGUUAAUGUGGGAGGAGAAGCACAGGUUUGUAGUUUCAGAACAGAACAUAAUGGGUCAGAUGCAUCCCUGUUAUAAUUCUACCAGUACCAAGAGUUAUACCAGAGAUGCAUUUGGCCAUUGAAAUCUUGACAAAGAAUGUCAAUGUCAUGUAAAUUUUAAAGUCAUGGCUAUACUUAGAUUUGAAUUAAUGUUAGUCCUUUCUGGUGUUUAAACAGUUGUAAUGCUAGAAAGGUGCAAACACUGUAUCAGAACUUUAUAGACAAGGUAGUAUUUCAAAAUACAAUGACAGCAGUUUUGCAAUCAGGUAGGAUUUACAUGACAAAUUAAACUGACGAUAAGGUAGAAAAAUGCCCUUUUCUAGCUGCUCAGGAAUACUGAGCUAACAUUGCUUUGUAGCUUUUUAUUUUGUCUGAAAACCAGAAUAUGAUUUUGGUCUAGCAUUUCAAAAAAGACUUUGAAUCUCUUUAGUGGAUUCCGUACCCUUGCAUUUCAGUGUUUUCUAUGUAUUAUUUUAAGUUAAAUAGGUAAAAGCUUUUAAAUAGUUGAGCUUUUUAAUGUUGACACUUUAUUUUGUAUCUAUUUAUAUAAGUAUGUAUAUCUUAGAAAAGCACUUUGUUUAAAAAGAAGAAGAAAAAAAUGCGUUUUUAUAUGAUUCCUGCCAUUUGCUGCUAACUCUGGGCUGGUCAGAAUGCUGCAGCGAUACUUGAUCUAAAUAAAACCUGGCAGUAAAAUGUAGAGUAAAGUUAAGACCUUUGCUGGUUUAACUUUAUCAUAAAGAUGACAUAGGCAAGCUGUGCAGCUUUACAUUUUAACCAGGGGACUCUGUGGCAUUUAAACCGUCUAGAAAUGGUUGUACUUUAAUGCCAGUAACAAUCUGCUUCCUCUAGUGUCAUUAAAAUAUAUAUGUUUAGUGUAUUCUUAUCACAAACAAAUCUUAUAAGGGUAAAAAUACAAAUGUACAUGUUCUGUUUUUUGGAAAUUGUGGCAUGCAUUUUUGGAUGAUCUUUAGAGAAUAGUUCUCUAAAAGCUUUCAGCAUUCAUACAUGGUAUGUGGAUCUUAAUGAAGUCCUUGAAUAUUUUUGAGUGUAGGCAUUGUGAAUAUUCACUUUAAUUCUGUCAUCCAAAACCAGUUAUACAUUUUGAUUUAAUAAAAACUAAAAGUUCUUCCUUUUUUUCUGAUACACUGGAUUCUCUAGAAUUUGUUUUCAUAUUAAAGCAUGCUGUCAAACUGCUCUUGUUAAGAUCUUGUCAGCCUGAAUUUGGGUGCCACACUUUUUGAAUCAGUAUGAUGGACUGCGUGUUCUACUGUACCAUGUAUGAUUCUUGUCUGUUCCUAUUUCCUUCAUGCCAGAUUAUGAUGUGGCUUUAUAUUGUGCCUUACUUGUACAUUUAGAACUAAAUGUUUUUAUUUUUCAUUCCCCUGAACCUAUUAAAUCCUUUGACCCUUCUGAAAGCAAAAUCAGAACUAUGAUAAAAGCAUCAUGAAGGAACUUCAAAUGAAUCUGAUUUCAAAUUCUCUUAAUAGUCACUUUGUAUUUGUAUGAAAGAGCAAUUUUGAAUGGCCUUGGGAGAUGGGGGUGCUAGGGCUAAACAAAUAAAAUAAAAAAUAUUUUCCACUACAUCCCUUCAGCUAAUGCUUUCUCUGACUUUCACGAGAGUAUCAAACAUGUUUUCUGAUUUAUUUUUUGGGGGGUGCUUAUUAAGUCUCCAGAUAGAUGUGGAUGUGCUUGAUUCUCCUCUCAUAGCAAUAUAAAUCAAGAAUAACAACACUGACAUCCGUGAUAUACAUUGAUGUAAAAGUGAUGUGAGGAUCGGGUCCAGGUGUGCUCAGUUCAUCAGCUUGAAGUUUAGUAAGCUCUUUUUCCAGUUU